GUACAGAGGGAAAAUACUGAAGUGGUACAGACUCAUAUUGCACCUCCAGUCGUUGUCCUUUUGGAAAAAAUUCUGGUACUUCAGCACUAAGAAUUGGCACAGAUGUCUUUGCACUACACUUGCAAUCUCUCUCUCUACAUCGAUUUCUCGAUAUAACUAUAGCAUGUGUCUGUACAUUACACAAUAUAUCGUUUUCAAUCCCCAUUCGUUUGUGAUGAUGGAUCUGAUGGGUCGAUUACUCUAGCACUCGAUAUACGAAGUUUGAGUUGAAAUUCAGCAGCGGUGGUGAUUGUGUAGGGUAAACGACAGUGUCUCCUGUACUCAUCAUCGAUAAUUCCUGAAUCACUCGAUUCAUCGUUUAACAAUGCCUGCGGCAGUUUCUCAAAGUCUUGAUUUAUCACGGUGAUUUGAAUGCUCUUGGGGACUGAGAUGAAUCGCUGAUUGUGGAAUCUUCGGGAAGAAUUUGCGGAAUGUGAAGAUCUUAUCCUGAUUAAUUGUCAUAUUAUCGACAGCUGUCAAAUUCAACGUCAAUACUGAUAUAUUGAAAUAUUACACGACAGAGUGAUAAUACCAAGUGAUAACCCCCGUUUACACGUGUGUUAAUCAUGAAGUUGAUGAACAAAACUUUGCAAUUAGUGAUUAUAUUUUUGUUCUCUUUUUACGUCAGAACUGAUGGUAAUGAAUGCUCCUGUGGGAAAAAUUUGAACAGAAAAAGUGGAAAGAGGAGAGCGACUGAUGAAUUUUGUUCUGCACUUUCGGAGGAUCAAGAUGACAGGGAAUGCAGAGGAGGUUCUCCACUCGAGUUUGUUCCUGAAGAAAUGGUGUUAAUUGAAGGGGGAGUUUACUCUGUAGGUACAGAUAAACCAAUCCUCGUGGCCGAUGGAGAGGGCCCGAAGAGAAAAGUUGUUCUGGAGAGCUUCUAUAUGGACAAGUACGAAGUUAGCAAUUGGAACUUUGAGAUUUUUGUUAGGGAGACGGGAUAUAAGACGGAGGCGGAAGAGUUUGGCAACUCCUUCGUGUUUGAGGGGUUGUUGAGUGAAGGGGUGAAGGAGGGGAUCGAGCAGGCGGUCGCUCAGGCUCCCUGGUGGCUGCCAGUUGAUAAAGCCGACUGGAGACAUCCUGAAGGAGUUGGUUCUAGUAUUGAAGAGAGAAUGGAUCAUCCUGUAGUUCACGUAUCGUGGAACGACGCGUCAUCAUUCUGUAAAUGGGCCGGUAAAAGACUGCCAACCGAGGCUGAAUGGGAGGUAGCAUGUAAGGGUGGGCUCAAUGACCGGCUCUACCCCUGGGGCAAUAAACUCAUGCCCAAUGAUCAGCACAGGAUGAAUAUUUGGCAAGGAGAAUUCCCACAUAAAAAUACUGCUGAGGAUGGCUACGAGGGAACUGCCCCCGUCACUUCCUAUCCCAACAAUAGCUAUGGAGUCUAUAACAUGGCUGGGAACGUUUGGGAAUGGACGUCUGAUUGGUGGAGCACCAGGCAUUCUAGGGAGGAAACAACUAAUCCAGUUGGACCUAACUCAGGUAGUGACAAGGUGAAGAAGGGAGGAUCCUACCUCUGCCAUGAGAGUUAUUGCUUCAGGUACAGAUGUGCUGCUAGGAGCCAGAAUACUCCGGACACAUCUGCUGGAAAUCUUGGAUUCAGGUGCGCUCGUACUUCGACGUGAAAUUUGGGAUAAUUGUGAGUUUUGUAGCUUUUUACGACUUUCGCUGGUCUGUAAAAGGACAGGAGUUGAUUAAUAACGUUUGUGAUUGUUGUAUUCGUUAACACGCGUGAAAGUAGCAGGGAAAAAUUUAGUGGUGAACAUUUUUGAAAAUUUUUUGUGAAAAAACUUUUGGACUUUUUCCACAAUUUUUGGUAAGUUUAGUCUGAGGGGUUUCCAUAGAUUUUUCUUAAUGUCCAAUUAGAUUUUUUUUCUGUAAAUAUCCUUUGACAUGAUUUUGAAUUUUUUUGUCUGUAUAAUUUUUUUCUGUCAAUAACAAUUAAUUAUGUGUCGUCAUUAGUGAAUUAGAAUGGAUGCAAAAUACUAUGGAAGUCCUUUAAGAAUAUUUUAACGAAAUGGUGAAUAUUAAAUUGGUUAAUAAAGAUAGUUGAAACCAAAACCGAAUAACUAUUUUUCCAAUGGGACAUUUAAAAAAAAGUACAUUUUGCGUUUGGAAAGAGAUUCUCCAAAAUUGAUCAAAAUUAUUGACGAUUUAAUGAAGAGAAUUGUCAUGUUCCUGCGGUUGUGUCAACUCUUUGCCAACAUUGGUAAAAAAUCAACAUACCAUCGAAUUUCACUUUCCGGACCCAAGUAACCCCACUAUAUCCCUUAAUCAUAAUUUAAAAUAAUCUCUUAAAAAGUCUCCGAUAAAUAGCCCAAUUUUCAAAUCACAUUUUCUAGGUCCUGAUAUUACUCGAGAAUAAAAUAAACUGCUUUGAAUAUUGUUUACAAACAAUUUCCGUCACUGAAAGGUACCUCUACUGCCAUCUGACAAAUAAACCAAGAAACCAUUCGCAGGUAAAUAGCCAACAGAGAUGGUUGCUUUUCGCUAAAUGAACAAAUUCUAUCAUUUGUACUCAAUUCAGAAGUUCCUAAUCAGCUUAAUAUAUUUUGCUAGUUUCUCAUUGAUUUGUAAAUAAACGACUAAGCAUUCAGGAUGGAUUUACCCGACACAUUUGGAAAAAAUUAAUUCUCAAAAUGAAUACUGAAAAUGAAUACUUAUUAGAAGUCUCUUCUAAUGAUAAAUUCGUUACACUUUCAUAAUUAGAAUUCUCCCAUGCGACUGGCUGGGUUUUUCGAUUUAUUGUAUAUCAACUGUUCCUAAACAAACAAAGAAAUCACGACUUUAUCAUCUGACGGGGACCAGCCAAAUAUAAAGUAGAAACUCGGGUUACCGAUCGCGCAAAGGUGGGAAUUUUAGAAUAAUUCGAAAUUGAAAAUAUUAAUUCAAUUUUUUUAUUCUACAAGAAACGCUAAAGUUAUUAAUAAAACUCAGUUAAAUCUGAAGUGGUGAUUUCAUUGUUUAUUUAAGAACAGUUGCAGAGGUUGCAGAAGGUUGUAGAGACGGUUCCAGGGGAGUACCGAAAUCCCACUUAUCCGCUGCUAUCGUCGCCAGUUUCAAAUCGUCGAAAUCUUCAAUUGUAGAUGUAUAUUCUAUUUUUACACCAUCAUCCUCGUUUUAAAAUUUCUCUAAAAUCUUUUUGAGUUGCCCUAAAAGAAGGGAAAAAAUUUCCAGGUGCCUUUUCUCGAACAACGAGUUAAUGUAUUAUUUUUUAUAUUAAAGAUUCCCAUACUAUAAAUUCAACGAAUCAUAAAGAUUUAAUUUUUCAAUUAAAUUGUGUGAAAAUCAAUUUAAAAACCCCGUCAAUAUUUACAUAAUAUUACAUAAUAUUUUUUUCAUUCUGCAGACUUGGUACGAGACAAUGAAAUUUAAUUUUGCUUUGAGAAAUUGUGUGGAUAUAAUUCCAUACUCGAUGUACGGAGUUAUCAGGAAAAACCAUUAACAACAAAUGAUUCGGUAACAGUUAAACUAUUUAUUCAUUAAAUACGAAAAUGAUGGGGGUUGGAGCACUGCAAAAUAUUGAAGCGACAUAUCGGGGGUGAGCACAUUUGUUUUUAAUACAGAAAAACAACUCCAUAUACAGUUACAUUGGUUUAAUAAGUCCUACAUGUAUUUACACAAUUAUACAAACUAAUUUGUCAAUUACCGUGUGACUUAAAUAAGUGAAUUGUCAACAAGA